AUGGACAAAUUUGGGUCACAUUAUUUUGUGGAACACGAAAUUUCGAGGAACGAUAUUACUCUAAAAGCCACAUAUGAUCAAGUGGUUUCAACUUUUCAAUGGAGACUCAACAUUACCACCAAGGCACCAAGAGUCAAAUGGUUCAAUGAGUAUCCCAUAAAACCCAUUACCUCCGGUAAAGGCGACAAAACCAGCACCACCACCAACAUCCACCUCUCCCUCGUGCGCCUCUGCUUCUUUACCGUGGCUAUUGACGCAGACGUCGGCCUCAGCAACCCCGACCUCCUCCUCGGCCUCGAGAACCGCAUCAAAUACACCGUCGUCGAGGUCCUCAAUGUCGAUGACCCAAGGCUUGGAGAAGAAGAAUUUGGGUUAGGAGGAUUCGGACUUUUCUUCUUCGAUUUCCCCAAUUUCGGCUCGACGACGCGGCGGCGGCUAUGGAUUCGUUCAGCCGGAACAAUCUGUACUCGAUGUAAUUCACGUCAGGCCCCAGCUCGCGCUCGAGCUUGA